UUAGGUCAAAGAGACAAUUCUUUGUUUUUCAUCCACAUUUUUUUCAUUUGUUCAAUUAUAGUUGGUUAUUAAUCAUUAUUCAUCAAAUGUCUCAAAAUAGAUUUCAAUUAAAACUAAAAGUUUUACAUGGCCAAUUGUCUACUACAUCAGUUUUCAAACCAGAUCCAUAUAUUGUGAUUGUACAGGAUAAUUCUCCUGUUUAUAAGACCAAUUAUCAACGAUCUACUAAUAAUCCAGAAUGGAACGAAACAUUUUACUUGUCUAUAACACCAUACACUCAUGUAAAAUUUCGUAUAUUCAAUCACAAUUCAUUGAAAAAAGAUGUGCUUAUUGGCGAAACAUUCAUUGAUUUAUAUGAUAUUCUUAAAAAGAAUAAUGGAGUGAUCAAUAAUGUGUCUUUUCCUUUAUCGCUCAAGCUUCCUUCUUCUACACAAAAUGUUACGAAAUCGAUAUUAUCAAAUCGUGGUCCAAAUUAUAUUUUCAUAUCAAUAGAUGGUAUAUCGAUUGAUAUGAAUCAAUUUCCUAUGGCCAAUAACACUGGCAAUCAUACACCAAAUACUAAUAAUAAUAAUAGUAUAAAUAAUGAUCAAAAUAGUUGCAAUAUUGAUGUUCAACAACCAGGUACAAGCUCUACAUCGAAUGUUAUCGCCGAGAUUACAUCAUCAUUACCCAAAUGGUCUUUGAAUGAUCCAUAUUCUUCUUCACAACAACAACAGCAGCAACAACAACAACCAAAUUCUUCAAACAAUAAUCGAACUAUAACGCCCAUUGGCAGUGAUUCAAAAAUUACGAGUCCAUCAAGAAAAUCGACUUUAACAAACGAUAAUAAUCCAACGGACCAUCAGCCAUCAACUUCAACGACGGCAACAAAUAGUGCUCCACAGCAAAGUACUCAAAGGUCCAAUAUGACGCAAAUAGAAGAACCAUUACCUCAUGGUUGGGAAAUCCGUUUCGACACAUACGGAAGAAAGUAUUAUGUUGAUCACAAUACAAAAUCGACAACAUGGCAACGUCCCACUCCGUUGCCACAUGGUUGGGAAAUGCGGAAAGACAAUAAAGGUCGUAUCUAUUAUGUUGAUCAUAACACAAGAACAACGACAUGGCAACGGCCAACCCCGGAACAUGUUCGUAAUUAUCAACAUUGGCAAGCUCAACAAGGUUCAGUGAUGCAACAAUGUGGUCAACGAUUCCUUUAUGAUCAAUCGAAUGCUUCAUCAUGGAACAUGACCAAUGGAAAUGCAAAUGGUCAAGUAGCGGUAGAAUCCCAAGAUGAUGCUCAACCAUUGCCGGAUGGCUGGGAGAAACGUAUCGAUCAAAGUGGUCGAGUUUAUUUUGUUAAUCACAAAAAUAAGACAACACAAUGGGAAGAUCCACGAACACAAGGAAAAGAAACGCCCAAUUUAGCCGAUAUACCAUUGCCGCAAGGUUGGGAAAUCAAAGACACACCAGAAGGAAAAGUGUAUUUUGUUGACCAUAACACAAAAACAACAACUUAUCAAGAUCCAAGACGAAUCAAUGGUCAAUAUGGCGUUCCUAUGGCUUAUGAACGGUCAUUUAGGUGGAAAUUAACACAAUUCCGUUAUCUAUGUUUGUAUAAUGCUCUACCAAGUCAUAUCAAAGUUCAAGUAUCUCGGAAUAAUAUUUUCGAGGAUUCUUUCCAUGCAAUAAUGCGCGUUCAACCACAUGAAUUACGAAGACGUUUGUUUAUCACAUUCAAAAGUGAAGAAGGACUAGAUUAUGGUGGUAUUGCUCGUGAAUGGUUUUUCCUGCUUUCACAUGAGGUCCUGAAUCCAAUGUAUUGUCUAUUUGAAUAUGCUAGCAAGAAUAACUAUUCAUUGCAAAUCAAUCCGGCCAGCUCAGUAAAUCCAGAUCAUCUUCUUAAUUUUGGUUUUAUCGGAAGAUUCAUUGCUAUGGCACUUUUCCACGGAAAAUUUAUUUACUCAGGAUUUACAUUACCAUUUUAUAAACGAAUGUUGGGUAAAAAAUUAGUCAUGAAAGAUAUUGAAUCGAUUGACCCAGAAUUUUAUAAUUCAUUAAAAUGGAUCAAGGAGAAUUCCGUUGAAGAAUGUGGUCUUGAGCUAUAUUUCUCGGUUGAUUUUGAGGUUUUAGGCCAAAUUCAAUCACAUGAUUUGUGCGAAGGUGGUGCAGAUAAACGUGUCGAUGAUUCAAAUAAAGAAGAAUAUCUACGAUUGAUGACUGAUUGGAGAUUUAGUAGAGGACAAGAAGAACAAACAAAGGCAUUUUUAGAUGGAUUCAACGAAGUAUUACCAUUGGAAUGGUUACAUUAUUUUGAUGAAAGAGAAUUGGAAUUACUGCUAUGCGGUAUGCAAAAAAUCGACAUUGAUGAUUGGCAACGAAACACUAUCUAUCGCCAUUAUACACGUAAUUCGCGUCAGAUAAUCUGGUUUUGGCAAUUUGUUCGUGAAGAAUGUGAUAAUGAAAAACGAGCUCGCCUUCUUCAAUUCGUUACAGGCACCUGCCGAGUACCUGUGGGUGGAUUCGCUGAACUAAUGGGAUCUAAUGGACCACAACGAUUUUGUAUUGAAAAAGUUGGUAAAGAAAAUUGGCUUCCACGAAGUCAUACCUGUUUCAAUAGAUUAGAUCUACCACCAUAUAAAUCGUAUGGACAAUUGGUAGAGAAAUUAAAUUUUGCAAUCGAAGAAACCGAAGGUUUCUCACAGGAAUAAUAACAAUAAUAAUUAUGAUGAUGAUGAUGA